AUGAAGCUGCUCUUUUUGUUGCUCAUAUUAUUCUCGACUUGGGUAUUUGCUGAAGAAGACACUAUUUAUCAUUUGCAAGAUUAUGAAGGUCCUGGUGCCGGUCAACAUCCAUAUAAAUGUUAUAUUAGAGCUUAUCUCGUUGUGAAUGUCUACAAUUUUACUGCUCCAAAUGAAACAGUUUUGCGUGAAGCGAAGACACUCAUUGAUGUAAGUUAAAGAGAGAGAGAGAGAGAGAGAGAGAGAUCGUAGAGAGGCUAGAGAGCCUAGAGAGGCUAGAGAGGCUAGAGAGGCUAGAGAGGCUAGAGCCUAGAGAGCAUGGAGAGCCUAGAGAGCCUAGAGAUCCUAGAGAGGCUAGAGAUCAUAGAGAGGCUAGAGAUCCUAGAGAUCCUAGAGAUCUAGACAGAAAAUUGCUUGAAACUGAGGUUAGUGUGGUUAGAGUCAGAGAACCAGAGUCGAGUAAUUUAUAAUAUCAUAAAUAAGAGUCAGAGGUUAGAGACGGAGAGUAUUACAAUUUUGGCUGAAAAGACAAGGGAUUUCCGAUUUAGAAAUUCAGAUCUGAUUUUAAAAAUUAUCAAAAAAAAUUUUCAGCCUAAAAUUUAAUUGAAAAUUAUCACAAAACUAUUUUCUAGUGUUAAAAAAUCACAGAAAAAUCCUUUUUCUGAUAGAAAACUAUCAAAAAUUCAAGUUACAACAAGUUCAUUCGAAAAAAAAAAUCCCAAAACCCUCAAAAACAAAAAAAAAUAGUCACAGGGACAAAACCAAGCCAAACAACCAAACUCGCCCUAUCUUCUCUCUCGCUGUCUCGCACUCUCUCAAAAACACACAGUGUUUUUUUCGUCUCCUUGUCGAUUUACGGGGAAAGGAAAUCAGAGGUGGAAAACCUAGUUUUUUGGUGUUUGGCGAAGGGGUUUUUGAGAUUUUUCUUUUUGAAAUCGGGUUUUUAGGGGAUGUUGAUUUUUUAGAAAAAAAAUUGAAUUUUCAGAAAAAACAGGUGAACUUUUUGCAGAAAAAAAUUCAAAAUUUAGUGGAGUUUGAGGGUUUUUUGGUUUUUUUUUUUGUGAAAAAGUGAAAAAUUUUUGGAUGAAAAAAUUGUGAAAAUUUUUAAAAUUUUUUUUGAGGUUGGAAAGGUUUUUUUUUAGGAAAAAUGAAACUUAUUUUUGAAAAAAAUGAUGCAAAAAUUUGAAAUUAAUUCAAUUUUUCAUACUAGCGAGGUUAGAGAGGCCAGAGACAAUGUCUCUCUAGCCUCUCUAGGCUCUCUAGGCUCUCUAGGCUCUCUAGGCUCUCUAGGCUCUCUAGCCUCUCUAGCCUCUCUAACCUAUCUUUUUUCAGGAUUGUAUAGAAGACUUAUGAAAAAAAUCUUGAAAAAUACAUUUUCUAGAUGAUUUUCAGAUUUCUUCAGAACACAAAUUUUAUUACAAAAAUCUUCUCUGAAAAAAAACUACUGAUUUUCAGAUUCGAAAAAUUUAGAGAUCAUUUUUCAGGCUCUAGGCUCUCUAGGCUCUCUAGGCUCUCUAGCCUCUCUAACCUCUCUAGCCUCUCUUUUUUCCAGGAUUGUAUAGAAGACUUAUCACACACCAAUUACAAAGUAGCUCAAGUCAAAACUCAACUAGCGCAAAAAAUCUUCGACACUUUCAAAUUUUCCACAACCAUCCACAUGCCAUGUUAUCAAAAAUUGCGCAAAAUCCCCUAUCGACCAUGUUAUAUUGGGCGAAAAUAUGGAGGUGGAAGUGAUUUUUGCAAUUUUGUAUGGGGUCCAAAUGGAUGUAUCAUUGAGGUUUUUGACAAAUAUUGUGGCCCGGAAGUUGUGGAGGGACUUCGAAAAUAUCAACCAUUUUUGUUCAAAGAAAAUUUGAUCUGUGUGGAUAAAUAUACUCCAAAAAAUUAG